UUUGUGUGCUGCGGCGGGUGGUUUUCUCCCCCUCGCUCAGUGUGUAACCUAAUCAACCACACACAAAAUAACUUGUACUAAUUGAUUUUUUUUUUUUUUUAAAUUUAUUUACCUUUUAUUAUUAAUAUUGCAAACAAUAAAGUCAACAAUAAAUCCUUUUUUUUGUUUUCAUAAUAUAACUAUAAUUGUGUUGUGCCAUAACAAUAAUGACACAUCAUUGUACUACUACUACUACUACUACUACAUCUUCCAAACAAGUCAAGUUGGCUUUAUUGUUGUGACAAGUGUACAUAAAACAGCUGUAAAUUUGAUGAUGAUUAUUACCUAAAUAAAAUAAUAAACGUAACAAGUUAUUAAUUUAGGUAUUUUUAAUUAAUGAAUAUUUUUAUUUUGUUUUUUAUAGAUAUAUCCUAAACACAUAUAAAUUCAAAGAGAAAUAAAAAAUGAUGAUGGAAUUGAGUCAUAGUUUGACUCUAAAUGAGGAUGCAUUAAAUCAAAUACCAGAAGCAAAACGUCCAGUAUUUAUAUUUGAAUGGUUAAGAUUUUUAGACAAGGUACUUGUUGCAGCACAAAAAAAUGAUAUUAAAGGAUGUCAAGAAAAAUUGGUUGAACAAUUAACAAGAUGUAUGCAAAAUUCACCAGGACCACCAACACGACGUCUCAUUGCAAAAUGUCUUGCAACAUUAUUUAGUGUUGGUGAUACAUUUUUAUUAUUUGAUACUGUUAAUAAAUGCAAUGAUAUAUUAACAUCAAUGUAUGAAAAAUUAGGUAGAAUGAUGGGUAGAUCAUAUGAGGAUACAGUACAAAUAUUAAUACGUUCAUUACGUUCAUCUGAAUCACAAGCACGUAUUGAAAUAAUGAAUACACUUGAAAAAGUAUGUUCUGGUAUGGGUACAGCAAUAACAAAUGUACAUAAAGAUAUAUAUAAAGCAUCAAGAAAUUGUAUGACUGAUCGUGUUAUGGCUGUUAGAUGUGCAUCAGCAAAAUGUUUACUUGAAAUGUUAAAUCAUGCACCAUUUUUAUAUACAAAUGAAAUUGAAAGUAUGGCAUCAUUAUGUUUUCGUGCAUUUGAAGGUUCAAAUUAUCAAGUACGUUGUACAGUUGCUAAAUUGCUUGGUACACUUGUUGCAAUGACACAAUUAUCAUCAUCUCAAAUAUUAUUUAAUAAAAAUAAUCAUAAAAAUAAAUCAUCAUCAUCAUCAUUAAGUGGUGGUGGUGAUGGUGGUAAUGGUAAUGGUGGUAAUAAUAAUAAUAAUAAUAAUAAUAAUAAAACAACAUCACUUGAUGAUGUAUUAAAUAUAUUAAUGUCUGGUUUUUUAUUACGUGGUAGUGGUAGUGGUUUUUUAAAAGGUACUGGUGAAAUAAUAAAAGGUAAUUCAACAUUAGUUAAUCGUGAAGUACGUGUUGGUGUAACACAUGCAUAUGUUAUAUUUGUACAAAUACUUGGUGGUACAUGGCUUGAAAAAAAUACAAAUAUUAUAAUAAAACAUGUAUUGGAAUUAGUUGCUAAUCCAAAAGCAGCAAAUUCACAUGUUGAUGCUGUAUAUUCACGUAAAUGUAUUAAUUUUAUAUUACGUGGUACAAUUGGUAAAUUACUUGGUGAAGGUGCACAAACAAUUGCAUGUCGUGAAAUAUCAAAUAUAAUAUUAAAACAAAUGAAUUCAAUUGAUUUUAGUUGUGAAAAUGCUAAAGAUUCAAAUCAAGAAACAUUAUAUAGUCAACAUUUGUUGGUAUGUGCAUUACAAGAAAUGGGUAAUUUAAUAAUUGGUCUUGGUACAACAGCAUUAAAUUUAUUAACAAUUGAUUCAUCAUCAUCAUCGUUAAAUUUAAUUGAUAUUAUAAUAUCUGUAUUAAUACAUCCAUGUAAAUCAGCACGUUUAUCAGCAUCAUGGUGUUUACGUUGUAUAUGUGUUGCAGUACCAAGUCAAAUAACACCAUUAAUUGAUAAUUUUAUUGAAAAAAUAUGUAAAAUGACAUGUAAUAAUGAAGAAAUAUCUGGUUAUAGUUGUGCUCUAUCAGCAAUAAUUGGUUGUGUACAUUUAUCAUCACUUGGUAUACCACAUACAAAAGGUAAAAUAAUAUUUAAUACUGCUGAAGAAUUAUUACGUACAGCAAAUAAUCAUAGUCGUCUUGCAUUAAAUAAAAUACAUGCUAGUUGGUUAUUAAUUGGUUCAAUAAUGACACUUGGUACUGGUGUUGUUAAAGGUUUAUUACCAAGAAUGUUAUUAUUAUGGAAAAAUUCAUUUCCAAAAUCACCAGAAGAAUUAGAAAGUGAAAAAUCACGUGGUAAUGCAUUUACAUGGCAAAUAACACUUGAAGGUAGAGCUGGUGCAUUAUCAGCAAUGCAUAGUUUUUUAUUACAUUGUCCAGAACUUGUUAAUGAUAAUAUAAUACAAAAAUUAUUAAAACCAAUUAAAUAUGCUUUAGAUAUGUUGAAAAGUUUUUCAUCAGUAUUAAAAAAUUAUGGACAACAAUUAAAAGCACCAACUGCAAUGGUACGUUUAAGAUUAUAUGAAACAUUAUUAUUAUUACCACCACAAUCAUUUGAUAAAUUUUAUACACAAUUAUUAAUAAUGCUUAUAUCAGAAUUUACAUUAUCUGAUAAUACAGCAAAUACAACAACAUCAUUAUUAAAAGAUAUUUGUCAUGCAAAUGAUUCAAUAAUACUUGGUACAUGGCUACAAGAAACUCAGCAUGGAACAAUUGAAGAUCAGAUGGAACCAAAUCGUCGUUCAAAUACAAUUGACCAAUUGCAGCCAAAUAGUGCUGCUGGAUCUGGUGCUCUUGAACAUAAUUUUUGUUGUCUUUAUCGUCCACUUUUAUCAAAUGAAAUAAUACCUGGACCAUUACCACUUGGUGUUGCUGUUAUUGAUUCAUCAGUAUUAUUAUUUGGUCAAAUAUUUCCUCAUGUUGUUAAUAAACAUCGUCUUGAAAUGUUGGAACAUUUUAAUGAAUGUAUUAAACAAGCUAAAUCUGAACGUCAUGAGGCAAUACAAAUGAAUGUAUUUACAGCAUUGUUAAGUAGUUUUAAAAAUUUAAAUGAUACUAAAACAACACUUGGCCAAGAAGAUGUUAAAAAAUCAGCAACAAUUUUAAUAUUAAAUACACUUGUUAGUGAUAAUUCAAUAUUACGUUGGUCAGCUGGUGAGGCUAUUGGUAGAAUGGCACAAGUUAUUUCAGAUACAAAAUUUACAGCUGAAUUAGCACAAACAAGUUUUGAUCGUUUAAAAUCAGCACGUGAUGUUAUUAGUAGAACUGGUCAUUCAUUGGCACUUGGUUGUUUACAUCGUUAUGUUGGUGGUAUGGGAUCAAGUCAACAUUUAAAUACAAGUGUCAGUAUAUUAUUAGCAUUGGCACAAGAUAAUUCAUCACCAGUUGUACAAGUAUGGUCAUUAUAUGCUUUAUCAUUAAUUGCUGAUUCUGGUGGUCCAAUGUAUCGUGGUUAUAUUGAACCAACUUUAUCACUUGUAUUAACAUUAUUAUUAAAUGUAUCAUUUUCAUAUAUUGAUAUUUAUCAAUGUAUUGGUAAAUUAUUAUCAGCACUUAUAACAACAAUUGGUCCUGAAUUACAAGGUAAUACAUCAUCAAUAAGUAUGGCACGUUCAUCAUUUUUAUGUGCAUGUGCUAUAAUGCAACAUCAUGAAAAUCCACUUGUACAAGCUGAAGCAACUGGUUGUUUACAACAAUUACAUUUAUUUGCACCAAAACAUGUUAAUUUAUCAUCAUUAGUACCAAAUUUAUGUCGUACAUUAUCAAGUAAUCAUUUAUUAUUAAGAAAAGCAGCAAUAUCAUGUUUACGACAAUUGGCACAACGUGAAGCUAAACAAGUAUGUGAACAUGCUAUGAGUUUAGCAAUUGAAAGUCGUGAUAAAAAUAUUGUUGAAGGUUUAAUUAUAACUGAUACUGGUUUACCAGGUGUAUUAUUUAGUAUGCUUGAUACUGAAACAGAUGUUGCAUUAAUUAAAGAUAUACAUGAUACAUUAACAAGUAUGUUACAAAUGUUGGCAGCUGAUAAUUUAUCACAAUGGUUAACACUUUGUAAAGAUGUAUUGACAAUAGCAUCAGAAUCAAGUACAUUAUGUAGUGGUGGUGGUGGUGGUGGUGGUGGUGAUGAUGCAAUUCCAAGUACAAGUGUAGUAACAACAACAACAACACCAGCACCAGCACAAUUAAUAACACCAACAACAUCAUCAUCGUCAUCAUCAUCACUAUCAUUAGCUAAUAAUAAUGAUGUUGUUGUUGUUGUUGUUAAUGAUGAUAUAAAUAAUAAUAAUAAUAAUAAUAAUAAUGAUAUUAAUAAUGCAGACAAUGACAAUGAAAAUGAUGAUGGUAUUGAUACUGAGAGAAAUGAUAAUGAUGAUGAUAAUGACGACGACAAUGACGACAAUGAUGAUGAUGAUGAUGAUGAUGAUGAUCAAGAUGAUGAUGAUCAAGCUGAAUUUCAUGCUGAUGAAAAUAAAAAACGACCAAGUGUAUUACCAAGAUGGCCAACAAGAGUAUUUGCUGCAAAAUGCAUACGUAAAAUAAUAACAUGUUGUACAAAUAAUAAUAAUAAACAAGGACAUUUUGAUUUAUCAAUUGCUAAAGAAUUACAAAAAAUAAAAGGUCGUAAUGAUUAUCUUGUACUUCAUUUAUCUGAUCUUGUUAGAAUGGCAUUUAUUGCAGCAACAAGUGAUGCUGAUCCCCUACGUCUUGAGGGACUUGAAACACUUGAAGAAAUAAUUAAUAAAUUUUCAAAAGUAUCAGAACCAGAAUUUCCUGGUCAUUUAUUACUUGAACAAUAUCAAGCACAAGUUGGUGCUGCAUUACGUCCAGCAUUUUCAUCUGAAACAUCAUCACAUGUUACUGCAGCAGCAUGUAAAACAUGUAGUGCAUGGAUUGGUAGUGGUGUUGCAAGACAUUUAAAUGAUUUACGUCGUGUUCAUCAACUUUUAGUAUCAUCAUUAGAAAAAUUAAGAGAUUCAUCUUCAAAUAUACAUACACAAUUGUAUAAUGAAAGUUUAUCAACACUUGAAAGACUUGCAAUAUUAAAAGCAUGGGCUGAAGUAUAUAUUGUUGCUAUGAUUAAUGAAGGAACAGCACCAAAUACAAAAAAAAUAAAUAAUAUUAAUAAUAAUAAUAAUAACAACAACAACAAUAAUGAUUUUGGUGAUUAUGAAUCACAAAGUGAAAGUUUAUUGAGUCUUGUUCAACCAGAAUUAUUUUGUUUAAGUCAACAUUGGCUUGAUGCUUUACGUGAUCAUGCAUUAUUAUCAUUACCAUCAGAAUUUUCAAGUCAAUUACCUCAUGAUGGUGGUGCAUUUUAUACAACAGAUACAAUGGAAUUAGCAAGACCAUAUUAUUCAAAAUCAUGGCCACCAAUAUUACAUGCAGCAACACUUUGGCUUAAUGCACGUGGUUUUAAUAAUAAUAAUGAUAAUGAUGAUAAAUUAAAAAAUACAAAUUUUAAUAUUGAACGUUUUCAUUUAUUAUUUGGUAUUUGUAUGGAAGCACUUUGUAGCUCAAAAACAUCUGAAUCAAUUGAAAAUAUUGAAACAUGUCUAAGUGCAUUAUAUACAUUAUUUGAUUCUACAUGGACAAGAAAAGUAUUGACAAGUGAUACUGCACUUUGUAUUGAACUUUGUAAUGUAUUACAUCGUUUAUUAUUAACACGUGAAAAUUAUAUUAUACAAUUAAUGUCAAUGCAAGUAUUAAAACAAAUAUUAAAAGCAACAAAUGAAAAUUUAAUUGAACGUAAAAAUAUUAAAAUAAAAAAAUUAUAUCCAGAAAAUUAUCAAGAUUAUAAUAUUAAUGAUGAAAAUUUAAAUGUAUUGGAUUUAUUGGGUGAAGGUAGUAAUAGCAAUGACAAUGACAAUGACAAUGAUGAUGAUGGUAUACUUGUACCAGGUAAAUCAUUAGUAUUUGCAAUACUUGAAGUUUGUUUAUGUUUAUUGGUACGUCAAAUACCAGCAUUAAAUCCAAAUCCAGAUGGUACAACAGCAAUAUUAUCACAACGAAAUUAUGUAUUAUCAAAUGAAAAUGGUAAACUUAUUGGUUUAGCAUUAAGUAUUAUGGAAUCAUUGCCAAAUUUAUGUUCACCUCAAGGUGCAUUAACAAUAUUACCAACAUUAUUGUAUUUAACAACUGGAGUUAUACGUGAAACUGGUGUUAAAUCAAAUAAUUGUUUUAUUAAAAUAACAACAGAUUUACCAAUUAAUUCAUCAUUACAAUGUUUAAAAUGUUUAAUUAGUCAUAAAUAUUCACGUGAUAAUAGAAGUAAACAACAAUGGACUGUAUUAUUACAAAGUGCAUUGGCUAAAAUUAUUGAUUUAGCUAAAUCAUGUAAUGAUGAUACUAAAAUGGAUGAAAUAACAAUGAUACAAUCAAUUGCUGUAUUUGUAUUGAAUGGUGUUGUUGAUGUUGUAAGUGCACCAAAUAUACAAUUUCCUUGUAUUAAUCAUUUUCGACAUGCCAUACAAUCAACAAAUACUAAUGUUAAAUUAAAAUGUGUACAAACACUUAAAACAAUAUUUCAACAUCCAGAUAAAAUAAUAAGUACACCAUAUAUUCAUGCACUUGCUCCAAGAUUGGUUGAAUAUCUUUAUACAGAUAAAAGUAAACUUGUAGAAAAUGACAUUGAAUUAUCAUUUACAUUGGAGUGUAUCAGUACAAUUGAAACAUUAAUUGCCCUUGCUGAGCCAUCAAAUCGAGAUUUAAUGCAAGGUAUUCAAAUGUUAACUUUGCUUGUGCCAAUAUUGAUAAAUUAUCUUCUUGAGGAAGAUGUAUUGGAAAAAUCUACAAAAUUACAAUCAACUCUUCAUCAACAAAGUUUUCAAUGGUUAAAUAUAAUUGGUCCAAAAUAUCCACAAGAAUUUAAAACACUCAUGUCUCAAUCAACUGAAUUGAAAACAAAAUUGGAAAAUGCCGUACGUUUAAAUCAUCAACAGGCACAAAAAAAUAUUAAAGCAACAGAUUCAAUGAAAUCAACAACAAUAAAUAAAUCAACAACACCUUCUAUUAAAUUAAAAACUGAUUUUUCCAAUUUUCAAUAAUAAAAAUAAAAUUAAUAACGUAUUAUCGAGAUUGCACAAAAAUUAAUUAAAUAAAAAAGCAAUGACAAAUUAUUAUUUUCAUUUUUUUUUUUUUUUUUUGAAUGAAUGUUUAAAAUUACAAGCUGAUGGAUGUUUUUUUUUAAUUUAUUUAAAAAAAUUAUAAUUCUGGUCAAAAUUUAAAUACUAAUAAUAAUAAUAAUAAUAAUCAAGUUUUAUGUAUAAAAUAAUAAAAUGAUGUUAUAUAGAUGAUAUGAUGUAUGUAGAUAUGCAUAAUUGCUGAGUAAUUCAAAAAAUAAAUAUAUAUCUUCCUCAUGAAUCAUGAUACUUACUUACUGGUAAAUAAUAAUAGUUUAGAAUUGUUAAUUUGAGUCGAAAUAUUUACAAAUGAAAAUUUAAAGAAAAAAAAGUAUUUUUUAUAUUAUUAUUUAAUAAUCAAAUAAUUAUUGUAAAAUUACAACAAUGUUAACAGACUUUUUUUUUUGUUUAGAGACAGUAAUAAACAAA